AUGCCGAAAGACCUCGCACCGGGAAAAAACCGCUCUACUGAGGGCAAAGACCCCGAAUUCGCUGCUCGGGUCUUUCGUAAAUGGACCUACAUUCCGCAACUCGUGGUCUUUGACCUCGACUUCACUAUGUGGUUCCCGGCCAUGGAUGAGUUGCACAACGAAAAGAUCACCAAGGACCCCAUCACGGGUGACGUCACUGAUGCCAUUGGCUGGCAAGUCCACUUCUACCCGGAGAUUCACGCAGUGCUGAGUGUAUUGAAGACGGACCCUCAGUUCCGUAACACGAAGAUCGGCGUGGCGUCACGUAUGGAAGAGAUUGAGACAGCGAAGAAGGUUCUGGGUCUGAUGGACGUGACGCUGCGUGACUUCGUCACCAUCUUCCCAGGCAGCAAAACGACGCAUUUCAAGCAGCUGAAGGAGCAGAGCGGCAUCGCGUUUGAAGACAUGCUGUUCAAUGACGACGAUUUGGAGAACGUGCACGACGUGAGUGCACUGGGCGUGGUGUGCUCGUAUUGCCCCGAAGGUCUUACAGUAGCGUCGUGGCUACAGGAUAUGGAGGAUUUCCAGCUGGCCAAGAUGCAGCAGAGCGCGUAG